CCGCGCCGGCUCGCCCGCGCCGCGCCCGACGGCGACGCUGGCCUCGAGGCGCCCCCGACCAAGCCGCCCGCGCCGCAGCCCGGCCCCCGCCCCGCCAAGCCCGAACGCGGCAGCGCCGGCGGCGGCCCCGAGGAGCCCCCGCCCCAGCCGGAGCUCCCGCCCCAGCUGCGGCGCCUGGUGGCGCUGCUCGUCGAGUACGGCGGCGUCUACGGCACCGCCGCGUGCCUCUUCGGCUUCUUCCUGAAAAUCGACCCCUUUGGCGGCUUCCAUUGGGAACCCCAGGAUGCCCUUUUGGGGGUCAAGCUGUUUGCGCCGCUGCUGGUUUUCGAUGCGCUC